AUGCGUGAAAUGACUAAAGAGCCCCCUGUCGUUCAUGAUAUUAACUGGAGAGAACUCCGCUGAGCUCGAAGCAGACGAAUUCUAGGAUUUCUUCAAAAAAUCUUACAAUCAUCGAAUCUCAGGUUCCGAUUUAAACUCGUAAUUUCUUCACAUCGGAAAUUAAAAUAUUUACCAAAAUGACUCAAGACGUUGAGAUGAAAGAGCAGUCCGCCCCCUCGAACCCCGUGUCCUCCGCUGCUCCCUCCACUUUCCAGCAAUUGAAGGAGAUAGUGUCCUUGAUUGAGAUGGGGGCCUAUUCACGAGAGGGUCGGAGGAUUGUUAGGGCGAUUAGGUCCACGAUUCAGUUAAGGAGGAAGUUCAAGGCUUCUGUGCUCUCUGCGUUUCUCAAUUUUGUGCUUCUACCUGGAUCCGAAGCGCAUUCUCGCCUAUCUUCUUACCUUCCCAAGGAGGAUGAGCAUGAUAUGGAAGUUGAUACUGCAUCAUCGACAACUCAAGUUCCUGUGAAGCACUCCUUGCCAGAGCUUGAGAUCUAUUGCUAUGUACUUGUUCUAAUAUUUCUGAUUGAUCAGAAGAGAUACAGUGAGGCUAAAGCCUGUUCUUCGGCUGGCAUUGCACGGGUAAAGAAUCUGAAUAGGCGAACUGUUGAUGUCAUAGCAGCUAGACUCUACUUCUACUACUCUCUCAGCUAUGAACUUACUGGUGAUCUUGCUGAAAUUCGUGGUAAUCUCCUUGCUUUGCAUCGGAUUGCAACAUUGCGCCAUGAUGAGUUGGGACAGGAAACACUUCUUAAUCUGCUGCUAAGGAAUUACCUCCACUACAACCUAUAUGAUCAAGCGGAGAAACUGAGGUCAAAGGCUCCUCGUUUUGAAGCUCAUUCAAAUCAGCAGUUUUGCCGGUAUCUCUUUUAUCUUGGAAAGAUCAGGACAAUUCAGUUGGAGUACACUGAUGCUAAAGAGUCCCUUCUCCAAGCUGCACGGAAAGCACCUGUUUCUGCUCUUGGUUUCCGAGUUCAAUGCAACAAGUGGGCUGUUAUUGUUCGCUUACUACUGGGAGAGAUUCCCGAGAGAACUGUUUUUAUGCAGAAAGGGAUGGAAAAAGCUUUGAGGCCAUACUUUGAGCUUACAAAUGCUGUUCGGAUUGGAGAUCUGAAGCUGUUUAAAACCGUUGCUGAGAGGUUUGCUAACACUUUUAGUGCAGACCGUACUAACAAUUUAAUUGUCAGGCUGCGCCAUAAUGUCAUUAGAACUGGGCUCCGCAACAUCAGUAUCUCAUACUCCCAGAUCUCACUUGUUGAUGUUGCUAAAAAGCUGAAAUUGGAUUCUGCAAACCCUGUUGCUGAUGCUGAGAGUAUUGUAGCCAAAGCAAUUCGCGAUGGUGCAAUUGAUGCCACACUAGAUCAUGCUAAUGGCUGUAUGAUAUCAAAGGAAACUGGGGAUAUCUACUCCACAAAUGAGCCUCAAAUUGCUUUCAACUCAAGAAUUGCUUUCUGCCUAAAUAUGCAUAACGAGGCAGUUCGUGCCCUUCGAUUCCCUCCUAAUUCCCACAAAGAGAAGGAAAGUGCAGAGAAGAGAAGGGAGAGACAACAGCAAGAGCAAGAGCUUGCUAAGCAUAUAGCUGAGGAGGAUGACGAUGAGUUCUAGUGAUGAGAAAGUGCGUUUUGUUGGACUGCAGGAUUCUCUCUUGCAGAGCGACGUCAUAACUAUCAAGAACAUUUCAUUUUCUCAUAAUGAUGGGGCUAUUUUUCUACAGUGGAUUCUUGCCUUCAUGUCCGAAUCUCAUAUGAGAUUCUGGUUUUAUACUUGAUCAUUUGUGGUUUUACUGUUCUGUAUUAAUACUCAGAAUCCCGUCUCUUCCUUUUUCGUUAAACACUAAAUAAAUUUCUUUAUGAGCUCAAGGUUGAUUCAAAA